AAAACCGUGAUCCGUUCCUGUGCACAGCUCUCAUAUGACGAUGCCCAACGAGUUAUCACCACUGGCUCAUUGGAUCCCAGCAUUGAGGUCUUUGGCCAGCCUCGUGAGUUGGUGGAGGAAAAUAUUAAGGUCUUUUUUAAAUUUUCCCAAUUGCUGAGACAAAGGAGGUUUGAGAAUGGUGCUUUGUCCAUCAAUUCGAUUAAAUUGUCGUUCGAGACGGAUGAGAUCCAGAACCCACUCGAUGUAUCGGUUUAUGAACUUAAAGAGAGUAACAGACUGAUUGAAGAAUUCAUGUUGCUUGCCAAUAUGAGCGUUGCCAAACAGAUCUGUGAGUUCUUCCCCGAUCGAGCUCUGUUGCGUCGUCAUGAACAACCCCUCGAGAAGCGCAUGGCCGACUUUAUUCUGCAUAUGAACAAGAUUGGUCUCGAUCUAGAUGCAUCAAGUUCAGGAGCUCUACAGCGGUCAUUGGAUGCGAUCCAGGAUCCUGACGUACGCAGGGUUGUCCGUCUAUUGAUGAUUAAGCCCAUGCAACGUGCCAAAUAUGUUUGCAGUGGCAUGAUUACCCCUGACAAGUACCACCACUAUGCCCUCAAUGCACCACUUUAUACUCAUUUUACUUCGCCUAUCCGCCGCUAUGCUGAUAUCAUUGUCCACCGCAUGUUGGAAGCUUCGCUUGCAGGAGAUUCAAAAUUUUACCUGACCAAGGAGCUGUGCCAAAAGAAUGCGAAUCAUUGUAACAUCAAAAAGGAUGCAGCUAAGCUCGCACAGGAGCAAAGUAGCCAUGUGUACCUCAGUGUGCUGCUUAAGAACAUGACAGAGGCGAAUGGAAUGGUGAUUCGUGAUGCGGUCAUUGUUCAGGUACUGGAUGCGGCAUUCGAUGUGCUUGUCCCAGAGUAUGGUCUCGAGAAGCGGAUUCAUAUUGAUCAACUACCUCUUGAGCGUCAUACUUGGAACAGCAACACAGAAACAUUGAGGCUGUAUUGGACUAAGGAAGCAUUCAAGGCUCCACUGUCAGAGGAAGAGAACGUGGACGACUCUAAUGAUGAGAAAAACAAUCAUCUGUCGUCGUUGCCACAUCCUCAUGACCAUGAAGAUAUGGAUCAUCCUGAUGUGGCAACGAAUGCCUAUGAUGAUGAGCGCGGACUGUUUGAUGAUGAGAGUGACUAUGAGGACGAAGAUGUCGAUGAUUUUGAGAUUGUAGGCACAAAAUGUAACGGUGCCCAUGCAAUCGAGGAGGACCAAAGCGAAGAUAGCAACGGUGAAGAUGACGAGGCGCAGAGACUGACUCGAAUUCAGAUUUUUGGCCAUAUCAAGGUCUUGAUCACGGCGAAUACAACCGUCUCGCCUCCUAUGAUCAAACUGAUGGCUAUCAAUCCAUAUGCUGACGCUAAUGAAGUCAACAGACCCAAUGCUGUACAAUCAUAGUCUGCAUAAGAUUGAUAACAGAUGGGUGUCGUCUUUUUUUUUUUCUCGAAAGCAGAGAAUGCUUUUCUCUUAC